AUGACGAAAUGCAUUUCUCGGCACUUCCCUCCUGCACAACUUCACAACAUGUCGAACGUCGCAUUAGUCGGUGCCACUGGCAUGGUGGGCUCCCACAUCCUCAACAGUCUCAUCGCCAACCCUGCCGUGACACGCGUGGACACCAUCUCCCGCCGCACUCCGCCCGUAGCCAGCGGUUCACCACCAGCCAAACUGACCAACUUCGUCUCAACCGAUACCACAACCUGGGCAAGCCAGCUCUCCUCCCUAAGCCCCACCCCAAGCAUUUUCAUCUCCGCCUUCGCCACCACCAAAGCAGCCGCCGGCGGGUUCGAAAACCAGUACAAGAUCGAGCAUGGACUCAACGUUGAGCUAGCCAAGGCCGCGCGCGAGGCCGGCUCAAAGGUCUACGUGCUUAUUUCGUCCAGUGGCGCGAACAAGGACUCCAAUAUCGCGUAUACGCGUAUGAAGGGCGAGAUCGAGGAGGAUAUCAAGGCGCUUGGCUUUGAGAGGAUGGUUAUUCUUCGGCCUGGGUUGAUUGCUGGGACGAGGGAGGAGAGUAGGCCCUUAGAAGCGGGAAUUCGGUUCAUCGCUAAUUGGGCGGGUAAGGUGCACUCUGGUUUGAAGGAUGGCUGGGCGCAGGAGGCUAGUGUCAUUGGGAAUGCUGCUGUUGUUGCUGGUCUUAAGGCUUUGGAGGGUGAUGUUCCAACUGGUAGUGAGAAGGUUUGGACUUUGUUUGGUAGUGAUAUUAUGCAGUAUGGUAAGGAGGGCUCUCAGUGA